AUGCCAAAAUAUUUUUUUGAUGUUGCUAAUCAAAUAAUACCAAAACGUAAUUGGAAUGGAGAACGUUGGUAUAAAAUUGCAGAAACUAGAGUUUUUUUUACUAAAGAAAUCUUUUGGAAAGUUAUAGAACGAUGGACAAAAGAAAUUCAUUUGAUAAUUCCACCAAUUGAACGUGUUGAAAUUAUUGAUGAUAAAGUGGUAGAUGGCGAUGAAAUAAUUGAAUAUUUUUAUGAUAAUAAAUUAUCAGCAAAAUUACAAACAUUUGUUGACUUAGGAUGUGGUAAUGGAUUAUUAACUUAUAUUCUAACAAGUGAAGGAUAUGAUGGAAUUGGAAUUGAUUUAAGAAAAAGAAAAAUUUGGGAUUUAUUUAUAUCCAAAGGAGCAAAAUUACAUGUUCAAACAUUACAACCAAAUAUUAUAACAUUUCCAAAUCAUGAUUGGAUUAUUGGAAAUCAUGCAGAUGAACUUGUGCCUUGGAUUCCAAUCAUUUCUGCAAAAUCAUCAAAAAAUUCAAAAUUUAUGGUGAUUCCUUGUUGUUUUUAUUCUUUAUCAGGCUUCAAAUAUACUUUUAACAAUAAAAAAAUCACUAAUGGUAAAUAUAAAGCUUAUCAAGAAUAUAUUAAAGAAAUUAUUGAACAAUGUGGAUUUACGUUAGAAUAUGAUUGGUUAAGAAUACCAAGCACAAAAAAUUAUGCAAUGGUUGGAAGAAAAAGAAUAAUAAAAAUUGGUGGUGAUAAGAAAAUUAAUGAUGACGAUGGAGAAGAUGAUAUUGAUAAAUCAAUUCAAAAUUUAAUUAAUAGUGUUGGUUAUAUAUCAAUUAGAAAAAAUGAAUAG